AUUAAUAAAAUUAAAAUUAAUACAUUGAAAAUUCAUAAAAUUGUAAUAAAAAAUUAAAAUAUGUAUAACUGUGCAGGCAAGUUCAGAAAAACCCCUAGGAAUUAGCCGCAACAGAAGCAACCACCUGUCAAAUCCUUUGCCAACAUCACGCAGUCACUAAUUACAUAUACCUGUAGCCUUCUUAGCUGAACACAGGGAGUGAUUUGGAUCUCAAUCUCAUCCACUCUUGCAACUUUUUCAGCUCUCUUUCUCUCCAAAAAGUUCAGAGUGAUCCGCUUUUUGGGCACUUAUCAUUCCCAAUUCAAGGCUCUGCUGCCCCCGAAUCAUCAAUCCCUAAUGAUAAGUAUUCCAAUCUCAUAUCACUUGUACAUAAUUUCAUUUUCGUUUAGGGAAAUCCGAGCUAGCUAUUUGGUAUUGCCAUGGAGAAAGCUUUUUGCAAGUUUAUGAUAAACACUCUGUUGUUGACUUAUUUAGAGCUGAAAGCUUGGAUUAGUUAAGAUUCAGACGGUGCAUGAAACUGAAACUAAAACUGAAACUAAACUGUCAGCAAUUGAAGCCCACAACUGUAUUUUUUCUUGUAGAGGAUGAAUUUAUAUGGUUUGGGAAUUGGUUGUGGUUGAAUCGGAGAAAAGAGCAAAAAGUUGUAGAGAUUGAGCUGUCUUGAAGAGAAGAAGAAGGAGAAGAAUUUUGUAGUAUUCUCUAAUGUAUGUUUAGUUAAAGAAUUUUGUUCAGAAUGCAGUUCUCAUUAUAAAAAAAAAAAGAAAAGGGCCCAUUCCUUGCUUUGAUUGAUUAUUAGAGACGAGGGGAGAGAGGGAGAGAGAUGGGGUCUUUCAUAGGGCAUAUUCUUCCAGGGACAUUAUUUUUUGUGGUUGGGAUAUGGCAUGUGUGGAGCGCAGUGUUCCGAUAUGUGUCGAACCCCAAACUUUUUCGGGUUAGGGUUUGGAAUCCUGUGCCUGGUUUUGACGGAAAGCUUAAGCACUUGGAGCUUUACAUUAUAGUGGUUGGUGGUUUCAUUGACUUGUGUAUAGAGCUUCUGGUUGCUACCCAACUCAAAUUCUUCGUUCACGGUGUCUUGGACUCAUCUCACAUGAACAAUUUCGAGCAUUCUGGCAUGCUUUUCAUGUUCUUAAUCUUUGGUGCCGUUACCCUGCUCUCCGAGAAAACCAGCUUUCUUCCCUUGCCUGAAGGAGCUUUGUGCUUGAUUGCAGCCACUUCAUUCUGUGCAGAGUAUCUUCUAUUCUACUUCCACUCGACUACCCACCAGGGCCUUGAGGGAUACUACCACGUGAUCCUUGUCCUCCUAAUAGCCCUCUGCAUUUUAUCAUCUGUUGCAGGAACGCUCUUUCCAACUACCUUCCCUGUCGAUCUGUGUAGCGGCAUUGGUAUAACGCUGCAAGGCCUCUGGUUCUAUCAGACUGCUUUUACUCUGUACGGGCCAAUGAUGCCAGUUGGUUGCCAACUCAAAGGAGAUAAGAUCUCAUGUCACUCAAUGGAGAACCAAGUUCAAGGCGAGCUGCUUGCUAAUUUCCAACUAUUUGUGAUUGUGCUUGGUGUCCUUGUUGCAGUUGUUGCAUCAUACUGGUUUGCGGCUGCGAGGUUUGGUCAUUCUGAUCUCAGAAGUUUUCAUGCAGCUGAGGAUUGACUGGGAUCAUGUUAGGAUUUGAAUUGGGCCAAAGCCCAAGCCUGUUUAUCGGUCUUCUCUCCAUCCAUGUCCUUGGCCCACACAUAUAUAUUCAUGUAAUUUGGGGCAAAUGAGUAGAGAGCAUUUUGAAGGCAACACAUAUGAGCAGCAGGCGCAAAAACAGAACGCCAAAAAAUGAAGGCUCUUAACGAUCAGAACGGAGAAGAAGAGGAUAAGACAUUUUUCGAUCUUGUCUCACAGUAUGUGUAUAUCUCUUGGGGUUUCCUUUUAAGUGAGAGAUUGGUGAAAUUGAGUGCUGGGAUGCUUGAGUAUGCUGGAGCUUUGUACUCUGUUUGUUUUGUCUUCUUGAUUUGGUUUGAUUUCUGAUUUGGGAAUGGCCGUAAGGAUCUUGUGCAUGUAUUAUGUAAAUCCCUUGUUCAUAUUCAUAUAGUGAAUUGACUAGAAGUGUAAACCUCUGUUGUGAGUAGGAUUCGUUUGAAUCUAAACAUGUAUAUGAUUCGUUUGAA